CUCCGUCACUGUCAAAGGCGCAGAUUCACUUUUAGAUGACGAUGCAGUCUCUGAGACUCAGAGCAUCUCCCCUCGUCUCCUUCACACUAUCGUCUCCGAAGCACCGGAAAUCCACUCUUCCUUUUCUCUUCAAACCCUACUGUCAGUCCUCUACUCCUUCCGUAUCUAAAUCUCUUAAGAUGUCGACCGUUGCUUCUCCAUCGACGGUGAUCGAACACGUGGUGCUCUUCAAGGUCAAGGACAACACGGAGCCUUCGAAGGUUAACGCCAUGGUUACAGGUCUCAACGGCCUGAUUUCGCUUGAUCAGGUGCUCCACCUCACCGCCGGUCCUCUCUUUCGUACCCGAUCCCCGCUUUCCAACUUUACUCACAUGCUUCACAGUCGUUACUCCUCCAAAGAUGACCUCUCCGCCUAUUCUGCUCAUCCAAGCCAUCUUGGUGUCGUUAGGGAGAAUGUGUUCCCGAUAUGCGAUGACAUCAUGGCCGUCGAUUGGGUGGCGCCGGGUUUCGAGGGCCCUCUGGUCCCUUCGGCGGGGUCUGCCGUGCGCGUGAGUUUUUUGAAAUUGAAGGAGAAUGUUGCAGAGGAAGGGAAGAACGAGUUGUUGGGGGUUAUUAAGGGGAUUAAGGAGAGUUUUGGGGGUAUUGAUCAGAUAACUUGUGGUGAGAACUUCUCGCCGGCGAGAGCCAAGGGGUUUUCGAUUGCUUCGCUCGCCGUUUUCCCUGGAUUGAGCGAAAUGGAGGCCGCCGAUUCCAAGGAAGAGCUGGUGAAUUUGCAUAAAGAAAAAGUUAGGGAUUAUUUGGAGGGCGUGAUUGUGGUUGAUUACGUGGUUCCAUCCACACAGCCUGCCAGUCUUUGACUAUGAUCAAGCUCUCUUGAGCUAUGGUGAGUGUUUUCUGCUUUUCCUUUUUGAAUUAUUGUUGUGAGCUUAAUCAUCGUCAAGGUUCGUGCUUUGUGUACUAUGAGUGAUGAAAGCUAUGAAAGACACAAUUUAUCAAUUGAAUUAAAGCUGCAUUUGAACGAUCUCUCCAGUGCUGAUUGCUGCUUGUUGGUCUUGAUUUGGCUUUCAGGCAGCUCAUUUUCUUUAUAUCAUCGUUUAAUUUUCUUCAAAUCUUUACUGUUUUUGGGUAUC